AUGCCUUCGAUAAGCGAGAUCGUAAAGGCAAACCAGCCCGACCUGGCCUCAUAUGAGGAGCUUUGUAAGUACUCUUUCAAUUCCGUCGAUACUGGCAUUAACAGCGAUCCAGACAAAUGGUUCCACGCGCACCCCGAGCUCUCUUUCCAAGAAGCCAAAACUGCCGAGGCCAUCGUAAAACAUCUCGAAACCUUCAAAGCUUUCACGAUCCACACUUCUAUCGGCGGUCACGGUAUUGCUGCCAGCUUCUCCAACGGCCCUGGAAAGACCCUUCUCUUACGUGCUGACAUUGACGCGCUACCUGUUAAAGAGAAGACCGGGCUGAACUAUGCGAGUACGGCGCGUAUGAAGGACUUAGACGAUGUUGAGAAACCCAUUAUGCAUGCCUGUGGCCAUGACAUGCAUAUUACAGCGUUGCUUGCAGCGGCAGAAACUCUAGUCAAAUGUAAAGACGCAUGGAGCGGAGAACUGAUUCUGGUGUUUCAACCAGCGGAAGAGAGGGCAGGCGGUGCGCAAAACAUGGUAGACGACGGGCUCUACCAGAAGGUCAAGGAACCAGACGUCGUUGUCGGCGCGCAUGUCAUGCCAGAAAGAGCCGGUGUCAUAGGAACAAAGCAUGGUUUGAUCGCCAGCUCUGCAGAUCGAUUUCAACUCCGCAUCGAGGGCCGGCAAGCCCACGCAUCCACCCCGCACCGCGGCAUCGAUCCUAUCCUUCAAGCCGCUUCCACAAUUAUGCGUCUCCAAUCCAUUGUAGCGCGAGAAGUAGAUCCCCUGGACUUCGCCGUUGUAACAGUCUCUGCCUUCCAUGCCGGCGACGCCGAAAAUAUCAUUCCCUCGGAAGCCAACCUAAAGAUCGACGUCCGCGCCGCCUUGCCCCAGACCCGCGAACGUGUACUUGCUAGCGUGAAGCGUAUCGUCGCUGCCGAGGCCGAAGCAUCAAACAAUCCAAAUGCUCCCACCUUGACACCAACAACGCAGUUCCCUUUGCUCUUCAAUGACGCCGACAUUACCAAUGCACUAGAAGGGUCUUUCUCAGCUCACUUUCAACCUGACAAGCACUCUUAUCAGUCUGACAUUGCGCGCUUGCAGGGCUCAGAAGAUUUUGGUAUCUUGGCUACCGCGAUCGGUAAGCCGAGUUGCUUUUUCUUGUAUGGAGGAACGGAUCCAGCGGUUUGGGACAAGGCGGAGAAGGAGGGAAGGCUUAGUGAAGAUGUUCCAGGAAACCAUAGUCCGUUCUUCGCACCGGUUGUGCAGCCUACGUUGACGGUGGGAAUGGAGGGGUAUGUUGUUGCUGCAUUGACCUUCCUGAAGAAAGGGGAGUGA